AGGGGAAAGGGGGGGCAGGGAAAUAAACCUCCAGGUUCCUCCGUUUUUAAGCACCGUAGGGCUUCUCCGUGCAAUCCAAUGCAAAACAGAGCCCAAAUUCCAUUGCGUGGUUUUCCUGCAACGUCCAGACUGGGGAGUGGGAGAGCUGUAAACCCGGUAUCAAUAAUGCCCCCCUAAAAAAGAACCUGCCAUGCGCUAUGUUAGAUGUUGUGUGGAGGGAUGGCAUCAGCAGCAUAUUCUGGAUCUUCCCCUCUUUGGGAUGGAAGGAGAACAGCUACGAUCAAGAGUCCAGUGACUUUCGAGGAGGUGGCCUUGCAUUUCACAGAGGAGGAAUGGGUCCUGCUGGAUCCAGGCCAGAGAGCUCUUUACAAGGAAGUCAUGGUGGAGAUUCAUGAGAUGAUCACCUCUCUGGGAGAUGUCUGGGGGAUCAGAGCUAAGGGGGAACCAUCAGAAUGGUCAUUGGAAAGAACUGAGGAGCAGAAGGAGGAAUGGAAAUUUGAGAGUCAAGAUGGAGCAAUUGUCAGCCAUGAAAGAAUUUACACAGCAGAGAAAUCGUAUGAAUGUUUGGAGUGUAGUAAGAUUAUGAAGGAUUAUCAACUAGCUGGACAUCAGAGAAGUCUCACAGGGAGAAAAUCAUGUACAUGCCCUGACUGUGGGAAAAUUUUCAGCCAGAGAUAUAAUAUGAAAAGAAAUCAGAAGAGUCCCACAGAAGAGAACCUAUAUAAAUGCUCUGACCACGGGCAACAUUUCAGCACCAGGUCAGUUCUUACUGUACAUAAGGAAGCGCACACAGGAGACAAACCAUAUAAAUGCCUGGAAUGUGGAAAGAGCUUCAGUCAUCAUCACCGCCUUACUUCGCAUCAAAGAACUCAUACAGGGGUCAAACCUUAUAAAUGCUUGGAGUGUGGAAAGAGCUUCAGUGAGAGCAGCACCCUUACUUCACAUCAAAGAAUUCAUACAGGGGUUAAACCUUAUGAAUGCUUGGAGUGUGGAAAGAGCUUCAGUUACAGUAGCUCCUUUAGAUUGCAUCAAAGAAUUCACACAGGGGACAAACCAUAUAAAUGCUUGGAGUGUGGAAAGAGCUUCAGUCAGAAUAUAAACCUUACUUCACAUCAAAGAACUCAUACAGGGGACAAACCUUAUGAAUGUUUGGAGUGUGGAAAGAACUUCAGCCACAGUAGCUCCUUUAGAUUACAUCAAAGAAUUCAUACAGGGGACAAACCAUAUAAAUGCUUGGAGUGUGGGAAGAACUUCAGUCAGCAUGGCCACCUUACUUCACAUCAAAGAACUCAUACAGGGGACAAACCUUAUCAAUGUUUGGAAUGUGGAAAGAGCUUCAGUCACAAUAGCUCCCUUACUUCGCAUCAAAGAACUCAUACAGGGGACAAACCAUAUAAAUGCUUGGAGUGUGGAAAGAGCUUCAGUCAGCAUGGCCAUCUUACAUUACAUCAAAUAACUCAUACAGGAGACAAACCUUUUAAAUGCUUGGAGUGUGGAAAGAGCUUCAGUUGUCAUCAACACCUUACUUUGCAUCAAAGAACUCAUACAGGGGACAAACCUUAUAAAUGCUUGGAAUGUCAAAAGAGCUUCAGUAGGAGAAGCAACCUUGCAUCCCAUCAACGAACUCAUACAGGGGACAAACCUUAUAAAUGCUUGGAGUGUGGAAAGAGCUUCAGUCAAAAUUGUCAUCUUAUUUUGCACCAAAGGACUCAUACAGGGGACAAACCUUAUAAAUGCUUGGAGUGUGGAAAGAGCUUCAGCCAGAAUUGCCACCUUACUUCUCAUCAAAGAACUCAUACAGGGGACAAACCUUAUAAAUGCUUGGAAUGUCAAAAGAGCUUUAGUCAAAAUGGCAUUCUUCAGGCACAUCAAAAGAUCCAUACAGGGGGAAAGCCGUAUAAAAACUUUGAUUUUUGAAGCAGCUUUAAUCAGAGUUACAGUCUUUCAGUGCAUCGCAAGAUGCAUACAGGGGAGAAGCCUUCGAAAUGUCUGGAAUGUGGAAGGAGUUUCAGGAGGAGAGGCAAUUUCUUGGUUUGAACUGGCCCAUUUUUGUUUUGAGUGUGUUUGCGGCCAUUUUCCUCUAAGUCAGUCUUUCGGGCUGCAUCUUUGGCUCAUAAACAACUGAACAGAUUUGGCUUUUCUAGUAUUUAUAUAAAUUUCUCAUAGGUUUUAUGCUUUAAUAUUUUUAUUUCCAGAUGGUAUAUAUUUCACCAUUUUAUUUUCCCAACCUUUGCUCUUCAUCUCUAAAUGUCUGGAUCCUACCCAUAAGACCCUGCCUUAAAUUAGUUCCUUUGAACCCUGCUUGAAUAGGGAGCUGUCGUAUUAUUUCCUCCCCUCUUUUCUUAAUAUUUAGGGUAAACGCCUAUAUAGCUGUAACACAGCAAAGCUUUAGGUAGAUUAAAGUGGUGCAAGUGGGUAAAUUAAAGUAUAGCUGCAUAAAGCUCUACGAAGUGACAAGGUGCCCCAUGAUAUUCUGAUUAGCAAGCUAGCUAAAUGUGGGCUGGAUGAAACAACUAUCAGAUGGAUCCACAGUUGGCUCCAGAAUCGCACUCAAAGAGUGCUUAUCAAUGGUUCCUUCUCAAACUGGGCAGAAGUAACAAGCGGGGUACCAAAGGGCUCGGUCAUGGGCCCAGUGCUCUUUAACAUUUUUAUUAAUGGGGGGCAUAGCUAAUACCAUGGAAGACAGAAACAAAAUUCAAAGGGACCUUGAUAGGCUGGAGCAUUGGGCUGAAAACAAUAGAAUGCAAUUCAACAGGGAUAAAUGCAAAGUUCUACACUUAGGAAAAUGAAACCAAAUGCACAGUUAUAAGAUGGGGGAUACUUGGCGCAGCAGUACGACAUGUGAGAAGGAUCUUGGGAUUGUCGUUGAUCACAAGCUGAAUAUGAGCCAACAGUGUGAUGUGGCUGCAAAAAAGGCAAAUGCUAUAUUAGGCUGCAUUAACAGAAGUAUAGUUUCCAAAUCAUGUGAAGUACUAGUUCCCCUCUAUUCAGCACUAGUUAGGCCUCAUCUUGAAUACUGUGUCCAGUUCUGGUCUCCACACUUCAAGAACAAUGCAGACAAACUGGAACAGGUUCAAAGGAGGGCAACAAAGAUGAUCAGGGGACUGGAAACAAAGCCCUAUGAGGAGAGACUGAAAGAACUGGGCAUGUUUAACCUGGAGAAGAGGAGGGGAGAUAUGAUAGCACUCUUCAAGUACAUGAAAGGUUGUCACAUAGAGGAGGGCCGGGAUCUCUUCUCUAUAGUCCCAGAGUGCAGGACACAGAAUAAUGGGCUCAAGUUGCAGGAAGCCAGAUUUUGACUGGACAACAGGAAAAGCUUCCUAACUGUUACAGCCAUAUGACAAUGGAACCAAUUACCUAGAGAGGUAGUGGGCUCUCCGACACUGGAGGCAUUCAAGAGGCAGCUGGACAGCCAUCUGUUGGGAAUGCUUUGAUUUGGAUUCCUGCAUUGAGCAGGGGGUUGGACUCGAUGGCCUUAUAGGCCCCUUCCAACUCUACUAUUCUAUGAUUCUAUGAAAGGUUAAAAUGAUUAUUAGCUUUGCAUGCCUUAAUUUUUGUUUGUAAUAGUUAAGCUGCAUGUUGUUCUUCUGAGUAAAGUUUAUGUAGCCAUAUUCUAUUUUUGUUUACCAAGUAAUACUUAUUUGCAUAUGCUGAUCCUUAUUUCUCCUUUCCCCAAGUUUUAAUAGUGUACUGUGGAUUUCUCUUUGAUAUUACCAUGCUCCUCUCUUUCAUAGACUGCUGGUAUUGUGCUGAUAUCUUUAAAGUAAAUCUUUCCAAAUGGAGUAGGGCCUUUCAAAUUAUGCAUCUUCACUGAUGAAAAGACUCCCAGCGGAUAGGAGCUGAACUAUAUCGCUGCUUCAGGCAAGGGAAUCUUCAGGUGGAAGUCCUUCUUGUUGGGAUAGCCUGUCUCCAGAGAAAAACACGGAAUGUAAUUCUCCUACCAUCAGAGCUGGGAUGUGAGGAGCAGGGCCUCGUCGGUGUUAGUGCCAUAGCUUUUUUACCUUUUUUCCCCACCUAAGUCUGGAACCUGUGGCCAUCCAGGUAUUGUUGGUCUCCCAGCAGCCCCUGUCAGCAUGGCCAGUGGUCAGCAACAUCUGGAGGGCCAGAGGGUCCCCAUCUCUGCUAACAUUGAUGGAUAUGUAGAGACUUAAUUGACGUAAAAAUGUUUUGGGUUUCCAACUUUGUAAACAAAAUGUUCUGGAUAUUUGAUUUCUGUGUGAAGCUUCUGAAUAGAGGUUGUUGGGGUGGGUUUUUUUGCAACAUUCUGGUAUUUCUAUGUUUGUCAUGGAAUCUGGGCUGCUUGUGUUUUAACUGAUUCCCUCCCCCCCCAAGCUGUUUAAAACAUUCAUAAUAAACCUCACAACCUAGUCAAGGAAUAAACCAUGAGAGUUUUAGAAGGUGCAUAAAUUGUCCAGGCUGUGUCCACACUGGGGUGCUCA